AUGAUGUACUUGACAAUUCCAACUACCGCAGGAAUCCUUGCUCUUACUGCCACAUUCGCCCACGCAACCACUUUUCACAACAAAGACACAGCCUAUAGCGUCAACGUUGCCAAGAAAGACGGCAGCACUAGCUUUGUCGGCCCCAGCAGCAGCAUUGAGAUCGAUGACGGCUGGGCGUAUAUCCGCGCCUGCCAGCCGCAGAGGGCCGGAGACUGGUUCGUCUGUCGGCCCGGCGAGUUGACCUGGCCCGAAUGGUAUGGUGAUGUCUAUUGGUAUAUGGGCGGAUUGACCGAUGCGAGUGGCACCGAGGUUGCCGAUAGCGGCGAUUGUACUUGGGGCACUGCCUUCUUCGAUCCUAAUGACUGUCCGGCUGGGUAUCAGAGCUUACCUGCGGCUUAA